AACUGAUGUCGCAAGGGAACAGGGUGUGAGAUUUGCCUGUUUUUGGAGCAUUGGAUCACAUGCAUUUUCUUUAGUUUCACUCAUUCUAGACCGUAGCAAUGAUUGGACUUUCACCAUGUGCCAUGGCUCUUCUCAGCAUUUCUGGACUCCAUGGUGCCGUUGCUGUGGCGACAGUGAGUUGGCUGCAGGUUCAGAAUGGGUCGUCCGUCACCCUGCCCUGCCACUACCCCUCGUUGGACAGACACCGCGCCAAGUUUUGGUGCUGGGGAUUCUUUUGGUCCUCCUGUCACGUCCUGGCGCGGUCUGACUCCCCGGCCGAGGGCGGCAAGGUUACGAUCGCAGAUCACCCCGACAGCGGGGUGUUCACUGUGACCCUGCGAGAUCUGCAGCGUGGCGACACUGCCUUCUACUGGUGUGCCGUGGAGGGCGGUUCAUCAGCAAGCCUCUAUCUGUCAGUCACUAACGGAGUCCCGAAUCUGAUGGUGGAGGACAACAUGGUGGUCGGUGCGGAGGGAGGCAGCGUGAGCAUCCGGUGUUUCUAUAGCAACCUUACCCGGGACGGCAUGCGGAAGUGGUGCAGGAGCGGAGACUGGGGGUCCUGCCUCACCCUGGACUCCCCCCUGGCUGAGAGGUCCCCGCUCAUCACGGACAACGGAGAGGGGGCCUUUGGCGUGAGGAUGAGGAGGCUGCAGAGGAGCGACGAAGGCUGGUAUUGGUGCGUUGCUGGAGAUCUACAGGCCCCUGUCCACAUCGCUGUCCUACAAGAUCCCAACAACACACUGAUCGCCACAACAAAAAAUCACACCACCGAAGAAUCUUCUACGGUCUUCUACUCUUCGACUGCUACUGUCCACAAGACCAAUCGUCCAGGACAAGGAAGCCAGCUGUGUUCUGGUGCACAGACGUGCCUGAGAAGGACUCUGUGGGUGCUACGUCACGCCGGGCUUGUUUUGGUGUUCCUAAUAUGCACCGCCGUCGCCUUUUGGAAGAUCUGGCAAAACCGCAGAGUGCUGCAAUCGAGAGAGAAUAGACGAUGUGGGAAGUUACGCUGCCAAAAUAACACCGAUUGUCUCUGAUGUCAUCGCACCGGUCUCAACCGCCAGAAUCGUUCCAGUCUCAGCUUUAACAUCUCAGUAUUUUGAAAUCACCACAUCGCCACAGUGUUUAUGCUAUUGAUGAUGAUUAAUACAGACUAUGAUAUGCAUAUGAUUUCAAACUAACAGUCUUUAACAACAUGCUCAUCAACUGUGCCCCCAGGAUGUUAUAAUAGUAUGUUAUAUAGAGGAUUAUUAUAUACAGUGCCCUCCAUUGUGUUUGCCUCUGUACUCAACCAUUUGAAAUUUGUAAUAAAACAUUUUUUUUAUACA